UUUUCCUGUCCCCGCAGCCCCGGUGAGUCACGGGAGAGGCGGCAGCGUGAGACCCGGAGAGGGUGGGGGUGACGGACGGUAACUUCCCACCCCUUGCCCCGUGUCCCCGACCCGCCCCAGACAUGAGGCUGCUGCGGGGAAGGGGCUGAUCCUGUGUCUCUCCCGCUCUGGCCAUGGCUUCCCAGCCACAGCCCCUCUGCCCCACCGUGCCCUGUGCCUCCCCCACCGGCACCGGGGGGGGCGGGCUGGCAUCCAGCAGCCCUGAGAGAGGCAGUGCCCGACCCAAGCCACCCCUGCGCCCCAAGCCCCGCGUGCUGCCCAAGCCAGCUGUGCCCACCAAGCCCCCCCUGGCACAGCCCCCACCAGCCCCGCGCAACCCUCGCCCCGAGCUGCCCUCUGCCGAGAAGAUGAACCGUCUGGCUGGGCCCCAGCCCUACAGCGGGGGCGGCGCAGGGGGGCUUCUCCGCCGCCCCUCUUUCACCUUCAGGGGACCUGAGACCCCCAUCGGGAAGGGUCCCUGCCCCCCCCUGGUCACAGCUGCUGAGGACUGCAGUUUGUCCCUCCUGGAGGGGGUCCCCCCUGCCCCCCUAACCCCUUCUCGCAAGGGCCCGGCUCCCUUCAAGGUGACACCGGUGCCGGUUGCCACCAAACCUGAGCGGUUCCCGGGCACCACGGUGGAGGAGAUCCUGGCCAAGAUGGAGAGGGAGGACCCCGGCAGCCCGGAGCGGGCCCAUCUCUUCCCCUUCUGCCCUGACCCCUCCUCUCGCUUUGGAUCCAAAACCUUCUCAGCCUUCCGGAGGCGGCCCAGUGGGGAGGGGGACAGAGCCCCCCCUGAAGAAGCCCCCCUGACCCCCCUGCCCACAGCAGGCAAGCCGGGGACAAGGGACGAGGGAUGCCCAAUUGUCAAGACCAGCAGCUCCCCCCCCACCGGCCUGGGCUGUGCUGGGGACCCCUGCGGACAGUGGCGGCCACCAUCCCCCCCUGACCUCUCCUCGCUCCAGCCGGGCACCCUUGGACCCCCUGGCUCCCCCCGGACCCCCACCUGCCUGGCCCCAGCUCCAGCCCCAGGGGCUCCUUUCCAGCCCGCCAAACCCUCCACCUCAGCCCCUGGCUCCCCCGAUCCCCCCCCUGAGCUCCCAGCCCCUGGUUUGCCCACCCUGGCCCCCAGCUCCUCUGAGCCCCCUGCUCAGCCCCCCCCAGGGAUCCCGGCUCCAGGUGCUCCAUUCUCCUCCACCCAACCCCGGCAUGGUGCCUCCCACUCCCCCGGCUCCCCCCACACCCCUGGAGAGGGAUCCCCUGACACCUCCAGCCCCCCUGGCACUCCCGAGCUGCCCCCCAGAGUCACUUGUCCCCCCGGCUCUCCUGAGGCUGCUACUGAACCCCCAGUCUCCCCCAGCCCACCCCCUGAGCCCUCUGCCACAGCCUCCUGCCCCCCAGGCUCCCCAGAGGGGCCCAAUGACUCCCUGGUGUUCCCCAAGGGUCCUGACAGCAGUCCCCCUGCCCCCUCCCAGCACUCGGGACACCGUCACUCUUCAGAGGGGGCCCUGCAGCCCCCACCAGUGGGACAGGGCCUGGAGAGGCUGCGGGGGUCGCUGAGCACCCUGCCCUGUCCUGGUGACCCCCUGCCUGACACCCACCUGGGCAGCAGCUUCAGCUGGAGCCUCUCCCAGUCCUUUGAGUGGACUUCCCCCUCACAGGAGACACAGCAGUUGGCAUCCCCCCCCUGCUACCCCAUCCCUGAGACCACUAACCCAGGGUUGUCCGAGGAGGGGGAGUCAGAUGGGGGGGACUGGGCCCCCCGCCCCCUGUGCUCCCAGGGGGAUAGCAGCUUUGAGAGGCCUGGCCCCACGGUGGGGGCUCCUGGUCCAGGGGGUCCCGUGGCCCAGCAAGAGGCAGGGGGCUUAGGAGAUGAAGGGGAGGCAGAGGGGGGUGUCACCCUGUCCCACUCCCCACUCGAUGUGACAGAGCCCAUCCAGGACCCAGCUCAGCCCCAGCCCCCUGCUGAGGAGGGUCAGGACCUACCAGACCAGGACCCACCGGCUCCCACCACUCCCACUGACUGCCCCAGUAUCCUACAGGACCCUGGGGUGCCGGGCCAGGCUGAAGGACCCUCACGGAACCCCGACCCCCACGGUGACCCAGGCUGGCUGAUGGAGCUGCUGGCGUCACCAGGGCCCCCCAGCACUGGGCACGGCUCUGUGAAGGCACCGGAGGGCUUGCUGGGAUGGUCACGUAAGGACCUGUGCAGCGCCUUCGGCAUCGGCCGCCCAGCCCAGCCCGGUGCUUUCGAUUGGACCCACCGGGCUGCAGGCAGGGAGGGAGACUGGCCCAGCAGGACACAGCGGCACCAGGAGCUCCGGACCCAACCCGGCUGGGAUGGCACUCGCCACCCCGGGGAAGGUGACCACCAGGACUGGGGCAGUGAUGGCCGAGGGAGGGGGCUGGGCUGCAGUGAUUGGUCCCAGCCCCCUGGGGCCGUGGAGAGCGGCGACCCACAGGACCAGGAGUUUGGUGCAGGCAAACCCAAGUGGGGGACGAGCUAUGGCAGUGGGGAGCAGUCGGGCUGCAGGAAGGCUGACUGGAGCCACAGCCAGCAACAGGACCAGGAGACCAGCUCCAGGCAGUCCAGUUGGGCUGGUGGGUUCAGUUCUGGGGACCCAGAGAGCCGGGACAGGGAUGUCACACCUGGCUGGGCUGGCGAGUACGGCAGUGGAGACGUGGGGAUGAAGGAGAGGGAGCUCACCCCAGCCUGGGCCAGCAAAUACAGCAGCAGGGACACCAAGACUGAGGAUUUUACGCUGGGCUGGGCUGGCAGAUCCAGCACUGGGGACACUGGGACUCCAGAGAAAGAGUUCAGCCCCAGCAGAGCAGCCUGGGACAGCAGGUACAGCACCCAGGACAUGGAGAGCCAGGACAGGGAGUUCAGCCCCAGCAGACCAGCUCAGGCUGGUGACUACAGCACCCAGGACAUGGAGAGCCAGGACAAGGAGUUCUGUCCCAGCAGACCAGCUGAGGAUAGCGAGAACAGCAGCAGGGAUGUGGAGACCCAGGCUGGGGACUUCACACGCAGGAGAUCAACCUGGGAUAAUGGAUACAACAGCAGAGACACAGAGAAUCAGGACAGGGAUUUCAAAGCCAACAGACCAACCUGGGAUGAUGGAUCCAGGAGUGAGGAUGUGGAGAGCCAGGACAGGGACUUCACACCCAGCAGACCAGCCUGGGAUGAUGGACCCAGCACCAUGGAUUUAGAGACCCAGGACAGAGACUUCAUAGCCAUCAGACCAAGCUGGGAUGAUGGAUCCAGGAGUAGGGAAUUGGAGACCCAGGACAGAGACUUCAAAGAGAGCAGACCAAGCUGGGAUGAUGGAUCCAGCACCAGGGAUGUGGAGACCCAGGACAGAGACUUCAAAGAGAGCAGACCAAGCUGGGAUGAUGGAUCCAGCACCAGGGAUGUGGAGACCCAGGACAGAGACUUCAAAGAGAGCAGACCAAGCUGGGAUGAUGGAUCCAGCACCAGGGAUGUGGAGACCCAGGACAGAGACUUCAAAGAGAGCAGACCAAGCUGGGAUGAUGGAUCCAGCACCAGGGAUGUGGACGACCAGGACAGUGGGUUUAGACCCAACAGACCAGUCUGGGAUGUUGAAUACAGCACCAGGGUUGUGGAGACUCAGGACAAGGAGUUGAAGCCCAGCAGACCAGCCUGGGAUAACAAGUAUCGUGGUCAGGACUUGGAGAGCCAGGACCUGGAGUUCAGUCCCAGCAGAGCAGCUGCAGCCAGCGAGGACAGCAGAGGAGAUGUGGGGACCCGGGAUGGAGAGUUGAGCUCCAACAGACAAGCCUGGGGUGAUGGAUGCAGCUCCAGGGAGGUGGAAAGCCAAAACCAAGAGUUCAGCCCCAGGCAAGCGGCUGAGGCCAGCGAGCAGAGCAGCAGGGACAUGGAGAGCCAGGAUGGGGACUUCACACCCAGCAGAGAGGCUUGGGAUGAUGGAGCCAACACCCGGGACACGGACAACCAGGAGAGGGACUUCACACCCAGCAGAGCAGCCUGGAGUGAGGGAUACAGCACCCAGGACAUGGAGAGCCAGGACAGGGAGUUCAGCCCCAGCAGACGGACCAGGGACAGCCAGGACACCAGUGGGGAGGGGGGAACAUGGGGAGGGGUGUUCAACCCCAACAGAAUGACCUGGGAGGGUGGAUACAGGAACAGGGGCACAGAGAGCCAAGACCAAGAGUUUGGACCCAGCAGACCGGCCUGGCCCAGCCAGUUGAGCUCUGGCAGCACCGUGCUGGCAGCCGGAGGGUUCAGUGCUGCCCGGCAGAGCUGGGCUGGUGAGCAGGGUGGGGUCCAGGCUGGGCUGGAUGGCACCUUGGGGGUGGGGAAGGACAAUGUCCCCAUCCCCCUGGCCCUGGAGCUGGGCUGGGGCAGCACCAGACCCCAGGACUGGGCUGAGGGGCCAGGGGGAGCUGAGCUGGGCGUCACCGGGACAGAGCGAGAAUUGGAUCCCUCCAGAACCAUCUUGGGUGGCUCCGUGCCCUGGGCUGGGGGAGUUGGGGCUGGUGGCCUGCCGGAGCCCCUGGGUGGCUGGGGCAGGGGUCUCUCCUUCAGCAGCUCCGAGGGGGCUGGACUGGUGGAUCCAGGCUGGAGCCAAGAGCUGGGUGGAGCUAUGGGGGGCACGGAGCCUCAGGACACCGAGGCCAAGCGCCGGGAAUGGGCUGAAGCCUUUGGGGCCCGCUGUGCCGCCCGGAACCGGGACCGUGGGGAGCAGAGCCCAGGGGGCAACUCCGGCACCACGAGAGGAAGCACCUUGGAUCCCAGCCUGCUGGAGGGUGAAACUCCAGCAGCCCCCCCAGCCAUGGAGCACCCCCAGAGUGAGUCACCCAGCCCCACCGAGGAGAGGGAUGUCUCUGAGAUGGCUGCUGCCCCACCCAGCCCCCCAGCCUCUCCCCUACUGCCAAGGACUGCUGGUGACACCCUGCCAGACAUGGAGAGCCAAGGAGUUCCCCUGGACCACCCAGAUGGGAAGAGCACACCGAGCGGGGAGGAGGAGGGACUCCCCCAGCCCGAGGGACCCCCAGACCACACCAGGCAGGAGUUUACCUUCCUGGAGGACACGGAGGUGCUGGACAGCCGCCUGUACCGCAGCAAAGCCAACCUGGGCCGCCAGCGCAGCCCCCGGCCCCCUGCCCUGCGCCCCGCAGCCACCCCCCCAGGGGACAGCUGGAUCUUCCGGGACUCCACAGACCCCCGGCCGUGCCCCCCAGCCGUGUCCUCGGACGAGGAAGCAGUGGAGGAGCCCCAGAGCCGGCGGGCACGGGGGUCCCCCUUGGGGAGGGGGGUCCGGGUCCCGCUCUUCCCCGGCCUCAGCACCUCUGCUCUCAAGGCCAAGCUGAGGGGCCGGAACCGCUCAGUGGAGGAGGGGGCAUCAGCAGGGGACAGCAAGGCCACUCCCCCCAGGGACCCCCACGUGCAGCGCUCCAAGUCCUGCAAGAUCCCCAGCUGGAGUGGGAGACCCCCAGCACUGCCCCCCAAACUGGAGAGAUCCUCAGGGUCAGACUCCUCCCCCCCACACUGGCUGCAAGCACUGAAGCUGAAGAAGAAGAAGCCAUGACCGGGCUCAUUCUCCCACCAGCACGCCCCCGAGGCUGAUGGCUGCUGUCCCCUCCCCUCCGUGGGACACACUCACACACAUCUAUGCACUUUGUACAAUGCUCGCAGGGUCCCUGCCCCCUCCCCAGCCCCCACCCCGGGACCCUCCUUCCCCUUGGGGGCAGGGCGGUGGCCUGCGCCCCUCCCCUGCUCUUCAGACACAGGUGCAGGUUGGGAUCUGGUGCCACUUGGACAGCACAAUAAAACUCC